UGCGCGGAGUUGGGAGUCCCGGGUCGGUGUGAUCCGUGCUGUGUCUGCAAGUGAUUAUCGCCCUUAGCCAUCACGGUUUGCUGGCGAGAGGAUGUCACCGGGAGCCGGCCCGGCCCCGGAGCCCGAUGUCACCUGGGCAGCGGCAUUCCUGCGCUUUGUUAAUUUGGUGAAGUACGAGAACCUGGUGGCCGGCGUCAGCGGCGGAGUGGUGUCGACCCUGGUACUGCACCCGCUGGACCUCGUCAAGAUCAGGUUCGCAGUGAGUGAUGGCUUGCAGGUAAGACCUAAAUACAAUGGAAUUCUACAUUGCAUCAAAAGCAUCUGGAAGGCUGAUGGAAUUCAAGGGCUCUAUCAAGGAGUAACCCCCAAUGUCUGGGGCGCAGGAUUGUCUUGGGGAUUAUAUUUCUUUUUUUAUAAUGCUAUCAAGGCUUACAAGCAGGAUGGUUCUUCAACACAGCUUAGUGCUACUCAGCACCUCAUCUCAGCUGCUGAAGCUGGUGCAAUGACUCUUUGCAUUACAAAUCCAAUUUGGGUGACAAAGACACGAUUGGUUCUGCAGUACGAAGCAGCUGUUGAUCCAUCAAAGAGAGUGUACAAAGGCAUGUUUCAUGCCCUUUUCAAAAUAUAUCAGAAUGAAGGUAUUCAUGGACUUUACAAGGGAUUUGUACCUGGGCUUUUUGGUACAUCGCACGGUGCUCUCCAGUUCAUGGCUUAUGAGGAGCUGAAGAAAGAAUACAAUAAUUACAAGAAUCGGGCAGCAAGUGCAAAACUAAAUACCUUAGAAUACAUAACGAUGGCAGCAAUGUCCAAAGUAUUUGCUGUAUCAGCAACAUAUCCAUAUCAAGUGAUACGUGCUAGGCUGCAGGAUCAACAUACCCAGUACUCAGGGACAAUGAGUGCCAUAUGGAGAACGUUCAGGAAUGAAGGCAUUCACGGAUUUUACAAAGGAAUCGUUCCAAAUGUGGUCAAAGUGACACCUGCAUGCUGCAUUACAUUUGUAGUGUAUGAAAACGUUUCACAGUUUUUAUUUGGUUUGCGACAAUCGUGAACCAUAGUUUAUUGUCAGAAUUUGAAACAAAGUUUUAUUAUUUACUAAAGUCAGCAGGCACAAGGAAAACAUAAGGUGCUUUCUAAUUACUACUUGCAGCAUUCCUGGUUGCAACAGUGAUGUUUCAGCACCACGAUUAAAAUAAUAUUUAUUUAACUGAAUGAAUCUGUAAAGCUUGCAGAUAAAUUAUAAGUGCAAUUCUAAUUUUUUAAAGAUUAUAUGUUAACUCAAGGAUAAGAUGUGUAAUAUUUCAUAAUUGUCCUUGUAUCAAUGUGUUGACACUAUAAUCAACAAGAAAUCAUUAUCAAAUAUUAAGCAGUGUCAAGCUGAAUUGCUUUUAAAAAUGAUUUGUAUUCCUGCAAUCUUUUGUAAUAAAUUACAUUUGGUUAUGGGUUGUUACUUCGGAUAUAAGAGUUUUAUUCUAAUGUAAUUUAAUAAGUAGAGUUACUUAUGACUUAACAGGAAAUAUUGAGCUUUAGGAACAUUUAUAAGGUAACAUGUAAAUUUACUUUCAUGAUGUCACUAAAUCUACUUAGUGCUUUGAAGCUUGUAGGUAGGAGAACAGAAUAAAGACCUUAUUUUUUUAAGA